AUGAGACUAAAUUUGAAAAUUGCAUUGAAACUUAGAAAAGAGAUAGAAGAAGCUGUAAAAGUAUUAAUGGUAGACUGUGGAGAACAAAAUGAUGAAUUAUUGUUAUUGAAAGAUCAGGUGAAUGAUAUAAAAGAAGUACAUGUUAUAUUCGACAAGUACAAAAAACCUAGUAUUAAAGAUUUUGAACAUGAUUUGAGAGGUAAAGAGGACUCACAAUAUGACGUCUUACGUAGAGACAAUAACCGUCCCGCUGAUUUCCGCAAAUUAUUGAGGAGUACCAACUUUAAAGAAAAAUUUGUUGAAUUUCAAAUAGAAGAUUGGACAAGAGAUGAAUUUAUUAUAUUAAUGGAAGAAAAGUCUAUUAAACCUAAUUAUGAUCAAUGUUACACUUAUGAGAUACAUUGUACAGACUCUGAUAUACCAAUAAUAAUGUUGGCAAAUGUUGAGUAUUUAAAGAAUCAAAUUCAAAUGAUAAUUGAUUUAAGCACAAGUAAAAAAAAAUUAUGUAGAGUGUACUCGUUAAAAACAAAAAAUGAUAUCGACAAAGGAAAGAAUGAGCUAUUUGCAAAAGGAUAUAAAUCAAGAAAUGAUAAUGAAGAAGUAUUAAAAAAAUCAGAUGUCACUAACGAACAAAGUAAAGAAGAGGGAGAUGAAGAUGAUACUGAUGCUGUUGACGAAGAUGAUGAAGAUUUUUCCGAUGAACCUGAUGAAGAUUAA